GUGAGAUCAGGCUGGCUCAGGCUCCCGGCCCUAAUGGUUGCUGGCACCACCUCAUCACAAUAGCUUCAAGCACAGCAUGCCACAGCACUGCUUGCUUCCAAAUGUCUUUUUAUACAGACACAUUCCAGCACAUUUAAAAAGAAAGAAAGGAAAGGAAAAAAAGAAAACGCACCCAUUUCAGGUUACAAUCAAGGCUUUCUGGACUUCGUGGGAUUUUGACUCUGGACUCUCCUCUCCGCUUUCCCCCUUCAUAUCCUUGCCUCAUCCCACCCCGAAAUCCAUGUGUUUACAUGCACGUUGGAUAUGCUUCGUUUGCAAGACAGCAGUCGAACUCGACCCAUCUCAGUAUCCUAUGGCAUUUCAAAUUUGGGGAGCUUUGGAAACACCGGAUGGUGACCUUCAUUCUAAUCAGUAGCAGCUCUUCUGGGUCAUCCAUAAGCAAUUUGGACAAAGAAGAAGGCGAAUUAGCUGGGAUAGGUUUCUUGGACACAAGUAUAAGGCUUUUCUUUCACUGGGUGUAGGUACCAAAUUUCGCAUCACCCGACUGACUAACGUUUGCAGGACUGGUUGUUUGGCUCUCGGGAAGGAGAGGAAAGCCAUUCGCAUCUCCGAUGUUUUGUUCUGAGAGGCAGUUGGUGUGGAUUCUAAGGCCGAUGUAGGAGUGUUGCGGGCUGAAAAGGCUGUGCUGUCACAGGGCUUGCAGGGCGCUCGCACAAUUCUGUGCCAGCCCGAGUCAUGGAGGAGAGACUCCCUUUUGCAGAAGGGUGAAUUGAGUCCAGUUGUCUAAAGAAACUGGAGCCAAUGAGCCCGGAGAGGGCGGGGCUCCAGUCAGUACGUUACAUGGCCAGAUGAUAAUUCUGAAUGAAGAUUUUAAAAAAUCCGCUGAUGUCCCAGUCGCUCCAUGGCUGACUCCAGGUCUGCUAUUUUGGUGAGAGAGGUGAGUGCUUCGCCUGUGACUAGCACCCGUGAAGCCAGUAUAGUGGGUUGGAUGAGGCUUUCCAGCCAGGUGCAUGGAAGGGGCUUGUGAAGAGCCCUUAUGAAUAUUUCAUGAGUGGGUCUCUCCAGCUGAAUGAAUUCAGUGAGUGGCAGUGUGUAGCUUGCAGACAAGCCAUCUCCACAAGGAGGCUACAGACAGAGCAAACACUAGGGUGCUGUUUUCAGAGGGAGAGCCGGGGCUGAGCGAGCUGCUGGGGACAGCAGGGAGCAAACCUUUUAGAGGAUGCGACGCACCCUCUGGGUACCUCUUGCAUCCUUAGCACUCCAGCGCCAAGACCUGCCCCGGGUGAGCCGCUCAACGCUCUGAGUUGCAAGUGGGCUUUUCUGCUGUGCUCUGGCUUUUCCCUCGGUAUCUGUGAAAGCUUACACACCACCACCCCAGACAUGACAGCGAGGGAGCCUUCAAAGGAGCUGGGCACUCUUGACACAGAGGUGCGCAUCCGGACUUUCAAGGAGCAAAUGCACUUGGAGCUGGAGCUGCCCAGGCUGUCCGGAAACAGACCGACUUCUCCCAAGAUUUCCCCUCGCAGCUCUCCCAGAAACUCCCCGUGCUUCUUCAGAAAGUUGUUGGUGAAUAAGAGCAUCCGGCAGCGACGCCGAUUUACUGUGGCACAUACGUGUUUUGAUGUGGAAAAUGGCCCGUCUCCUGGUCGAAGCCCCCUGGAUCCACAGGCGGGCUCUUCCUCCGGCCUUGUGUUACACACCACCUUCCCAGGGCACAGUCAACGUCGAGAAUCAUUCCUAUACAGGUCCGACAGUGACUAUGACCUUUCACCAAAGGCCAUGUCUAGGAAUUCUUCCCUUCCAAGCGAACAACAUGGUGACGACUUGAUUGUAACACCUUUUGCACAGGUCCUCGCCAGCUUGCGAAGCGUGAGAAAUAACUUCACCCUUCUGACCAAUCUCCAUGUAGCAGCCAACAAGAGGUCUCCAGCUGCUACCCAGCCUCCUGUCUCCAGAGUUAAUCUCCAAGACGAGUCCUACCAAAAGUUAGCCAUGGAGACGCUGGACGAGCUGGACUGGUGCUUGGACCAGCUGGAGACCAUUCAGACGUACCGCUCCGUCAGCGAGAUGGCCUCCAACAAGUUCAAGAGAAUGUUGAAUCGGGAGCUGACACACCUCUCAGAGAUGAGCCGGUCAGGGAACCAGGUGUCUGAAUAUAUUUCAAACACUUUCUUAGACAAGCAGAAUGAGGUGGAGAUUCCGUCUCCCACUCAGAAAGAUCGAGAGAAGAAGAAAAAAGAGCAGCAAGUAAUGACCCAGAUAAGUGGGGUCAAAAAGCUGAUGCACAGCUCUAGUCUGAACAACACCAGCAUCUCUCGCUUCGGGGUCAAGACGGAGAAGGAAGAUCACCUGGCAAAAGAGCUGGAAGACCUGAAUAAAUGGGGUCUCAACAUCUUCAAGGUAGCUGGAUAUUCUCACAACAGGCCCUUGACGUGUAUCAUGUAUGCGAUAUUCCAGGAAAGAGACCUUCUAAAGACAUUCAAAAUCUCUUCUGACACCUUUGUAACUUACAUGAUGACUUUAGAAGACCAUUACCAUUCUGACGUGGCGUAUCACAACAGCCUCCAUGCUGCUGAUGUUGCCCAGUCAACCCAUGUUCUUCUGUCUACCCCAGCCUUAGAUGCUGUCUUCACGGAUUUGGAAAUCUUGGCUGCCAUCUUUGCCGCGGCGAUCCAUGAUGUGGACCAUCCGGGGGUCUCCAAUCAGUUCCUCAUCAACACAAAUUCCGAACUCGCUCUGAUGUAUAACGAUGAGUCCGUGCUGGAAAACCACCACCUGGCCGUGGGCUUCAAGCUGCUCCAGGAAGAGCACUGUGACAUCUUUCAGAACCUGACCAAGAAGCAGCGGCAGACGCUCAGGAAGAUGGUGAUCGACAUGGUUUUGGCGACAGACAUGUCUAAGCAUAUGGGCCUGUUGGCAGACCUGAAAACCAUGGUAGAGACGAAGAAAGUGACCAGCUCCGGGGUCCUCCUUCUGGACAACUACACAGACCGGAUACAGGUCCUCCGCAACAUGGUACAUUGUGCUGACCUGAGCAACCCCACCAAGUCUUUGGAAUUGUACCGGCAAUGGACAGACCGCAUCAUGGAAGAAUUCUUCCAACAGGGAGACAAGGAGCGAGAGAGGGGCAUGGAGAUCAGCCCCAUGUGCGACAAACACACUGCCUCGGUGGAAAAAUCCCAGGUCGGCUUUAUCGACUACAUUGUCCAUCCCCUCUGGGAGACCUGGGCUGACCUGGUGCAGCCCGAUGCCCAAGACAUCCUGGACACGUUGGAAGACAACCGGAACUGGUACCAGAGCAUGAUCCCGCAGAGCCCCUCCCCGCCCCUCGAAGAAGAGAACAGAGACUGUCAGGGGCUCAUGGAGAAAUUCCAGUUUGAACUGACCUUGGAAGAGGAGGAUGCCGAAGGGCCUGAGAAGGCAGGCGAGCAUGUCGGCUAUUUCGGAAACACAAAGACACUAUGUGUGAUCGACCCGGAGCACCGAGAGUCUCCGGGGGAGGCCGAUGGAGAGACGCAGAUGGGAGACGCCUCCCCCGUGGACACAUAGUGGCCGAGCCAGGCCCGCUCGCUAGAUCGAGGUGAACAUUCAGUCCUUAAUGAGCAUGCAGGCUGUCCCGCAGGGCCAGCCUGCAGCCCAGGUCUGAGGCCUGCUUCUGAGGAAGGCCAAACGACCUUUCCAGUUCCUUGAGAUUGGAGCCAGAGUGGGAGACCGUGACGUGAACGGCCGCUCAGCAAACUCCGCGGGGUGACUCGUGUUGGCCGUUCCGCUUCGCGGUAAGCGGAAGCUUUCUGUCCUUGUGGAGCGAGCUUGAACCGCUGCAGUCAUCCGCUUAUCCAAAAGGAAGGACACUCAGCUGAGAGAAUUAUUGUUUGUUUUCUGCACUAGACUUUGGAAGCCUGAACCUGUUAGAGGGCCAGGCCCGACUGACCGAUAACUCUGUUUGCAAACCUGCCCAUCUGUCCUCCUGUCUGCAAACCCGUGUGCCUUUUUUGUACAACGUUUUCACGUCUUUGAAAUGCCUGUUGAAUACUUAGAGUUUAGUACCAACUUCUACGCAGAACAAAGUGUUUUGAAAUUUUCUGUACACUUUUUUCGAGUCUUUCUGAAAAGGAGAAACCUGUCUUCCUUCUUCCACAGGCAAUAUCUUUCACCUUCUUGUCGUUCCUUUUACAAACUAGAGAGGAAGGAUAUUGUUCUAACCGACUCCCAUUUCUCCCCUCCCUGACUCCCCCACCUUAUAUCCUUACCUCCUCCUUGCUUGGAUUGCGCUGGGGUUGCCCACAGAAUAAAACGUAACAAGCUGGGGGUCGGGUGGGUGGGGAAAGCUCCUUAAUUUUCUGCAGAACCAGCUGGUCUGCGCUACAGUCAGCAUAAGAAGGCCCAGUCUGCUGCGUGUGGUAUGUGUCCCCAGGCCCAUUCCUGAUGAAAGUUGCACGCUUUUCCUUCCGUUCUCUCUCCCUCCCCUCCUUGCUCCCUUUAUUAGGUGGUUAGGUUUAGCUAUGCCAUCUUCCUCUUGCACUGUCCUCAGCUCUAACACCCUCAUUACUGUUUAUAACAGUGUAUUUAUUACUUAAUGUAUAUAGUGUAAUGUUUUGUAAGUUAUUAAUUUAUAUAACUUAACAUUUCCCGCCAACGGCGGUGUCAAAGAAAUUUGUGUAGAAAACUCUACCUAAGAGUUGCACCUUUGUCCCCUUUUCUAUGGCAUUCUGGAGAACCUGAACAUAGCUCAAGAGAGACAUACGGACCCCAACCCCUUCCUCCCGCCCCCAGGCAAGCAGGGGUAUCCAGGCGGGUUUCAGGAGAAAUUAUCUCCAUUCUUGGUCAGAUGCAGCCAGCAGCGGAAGCCCUCUUAAACACUGGUGCUGGGAAAGAGGCUACGGCAUGUUGAGUGGGCCCAAGGGUGGGGGGUGUAUGGGAUGCGUCAUCCCAUGUCGAUCCACGUCACUCAUAAACCCUGUUCAAAAGGCGUUCCGGGGCCGCUGCGUGGAUCCCGCCUCAAAAGCAACACUACGUACCUACGCGUUCUGACUAUAGCCAAACUACUGAAAUGCUGGAGAAAGCCCCCCCCCCCCCCGCCGUGUGCAGAGAGCGAGGGAGGGAGGGGGCACCACGUUCUGGCCAAUGAGAGGAGGCACGAAAACUGGCUGCUUUGCUUCAAUGUGAAUUUCAAUAGCAGAAUGUGAACGGAUGUCAUAAUUAUGCUAAUGUGAAGCUUCUUCUGACAAGUCGCAGGAGCCACAUCCCUGGGUCUGUCGCCAGCUGUAAACUCUUUGGUCCAACCUUGUGACCCCAGUCGUCAGUAAAUGCUCGCACAGUUGUGCACGACCAGUGGGUCUGUGUGUCUGUUCAGCACUGCAUUGUUCCAGGUGGAUGUUUUGGUGUUUUCCAAAGUUUCUCACCAUGUAUGUUAUGGUAUUAUAAUUAUUAUUAUAUAUUGUGUUCAGAUGCAUUCUUGAAAGAUUUUUAUAUGAAGUAAAUAAAUGAAAGCAU